AUGCCAUCUACCGAGGAAAUUGACUUCACUCACUUACUUUAUCUCCACCCAUCCGAUAUGCCUGGGCUUUUGCUCAUUUCUCAGCCGUUGAUUGGCCUAGAAAACUACUGUGUUUGGAGUCGUUCACUGAAGAUUGCAUUACUUGCGAAAAACAAGCUAGGGUUCAUCGAUGGUUCUUGUCAACGAAGCGAUUACAGUGGUGCGUUGCAAGUGCAGUGGGAUAGAUGUAAUGCCGUGGUUCUAUCUUGGAUCUUGAAUGUCGUCAGUAAAGAUUUAUCAGCCGAACUUGUGUUCGCCUCCGGCGCUGCUUCGGUUUGGAAUGAUUUGCAGGAGCGAUUUUAUAAAAUUGAUGGCUCUCGCAUAUUUUUUCUGCAUCGAGAGAUUGCUACUCUCUAUCAAGGUGAAUAUACCAUUUCUGCUUUCUUUACUAGGUUGAAGAUGCUGUGGGAUGAGUAUGAAUCCUUGAUCCCGUUUACUGCUUGCGAUUCGAUUAGGAGCCAGAUUCUAGUUAUGCAGCCCCUGCCUACGGUGAAUCAAGCUUAUUCCAUGAUGAUUCAAGAGGAAUCACAGCGUUCUCAUCUCUCUGUAGCUGUUGUACCUGAUUCGAUGGCUUUGUACUCUAGUUCUGCUGCUUCCUCUAAGCAAAAACGUUUUUCUGGUACUUGCGAUUACUGCAAGAUCAAAGGUUAUAAGAAGGACCAGUGCUACCGUCUAAUUGGGUUUCCUCCCAAUUACAAGUUUAGUAAGAAGAAAACAACUUCAAAUGUUGUGGCAAAUUCAACAGUCUCUGUUGAUCUGAUGGUUGUUUCCACUCGACUCAAUUCAAUAGUGUGUUCUCCUCCACUGUUUACUCAAGAACAGUAUGAACAAAUCUUGCAGUUGCUGAACAAACAACCUGCUGAAUCUGCUGUUAACCUUGCAGAUUAUAGCCUUGAUAAUGUUCUUGUUGUUCCACAAUUUAAACAUAAUUUACUGUCAGUAUCACGGCUCACUCAUGAUCUUGGUUGUUACUUUACCUUUUACCCUGACUUUUUCCUUCUACAGGAUCUCUGCACUGGAAGGAUGAAGGGGAUUGGCAGAUUAGGGCAUGCUGCUUUAUCUACACUGAAUAAAAUAGACAGUUUGCAGUCUGUUAAGUUUCAGCAUGAUUUGGUGCAUAAAUGUUCUAAUGGUGUUGCUGAAAGGAAACAUAGACACAUCUUAGAGGUUGCCCGAGCUCUUUGUUUUCAUUCUAAUGUUCCUAUUAAAUUCUGGGGUUACUCUGCUACUCAAAAAGGUUACAUUCUCUUUAAUAUUGACUUAAAAACCUUUUUUGUUAACCGAAAUGUUAUCUUCCAUGAAGAUGUUUUUCCAUUUAAAUUUGCUUCCUCCAAUCAGUCUUUUUUUCCUCCUCAUCCUGAUAUACUUGACUAUGAUUUUUUGCAACUCUCAUUUCCUUCCUCACUUAACCAAACUCCUUCCUCAGAUUCUGUUUUACCUUCAGCCUCUUCAAAAAUCCCCACUAAUCCUUCUUCAACUAAUUCAGAGUAUCUUUCUAAUGCUUCAACAGAUGUAGUUCCCAUUAUUAUUCCUCAAGCUUCUGUUCCUAAUACUGAGACUACUAGAACAUCUUCUAGAAUUUCUAAACCCCCAUCUUGGUUACACGAUUAUGUUCAUGCCUGCCAAUCUACUUCUCCCUCAGGUCAGUAUCCGAUAUCUUACUAUAUUUCUUAUUCUCAUUUACCAAAACAUACACAAUCCUUUGUACUUUCUGUUUCUCAUUUCCCUGAACCAAAAACUUUUCAAGAAGUCCAAUCUGAUCCUAGAUGGAUUAAGGCAAUGCAAGAGGAAAUUCAUGCUCUUGAGUUAAAUAAAACUUGGUCUCUUAUUCCCUUGCCCCCAGGAAAAGUAUGCAUUUGA